AUGUCCUUUGGCCUCGUUCCAACCGGCCACCCUUUAAUCACCUCCCCCGCCUCAGCCCCAUCACCGACAUCCUUUCUGUACGCCCUCCCCAUCACAAAACCUUUCAGCCACAUCACCGUCUUCCUCCUUCCCAACGUGACUCUACCCCCCCAGACCGCGGCGGCCAUCUACCUAGCCACCGCUGAGGGUGUGGCCUCCGGGAACCCGAAUUUCCGUUUCCUGGGCGGCAUAGGUCCGGGGAAGGAGAGUGCAAUGUUCAAGAUUGGCAGCGGCAGCGGCGACAACUCCGGCGGUGGUGGUUUGGUCAUCGGUAUCGAGGUCGAGCCGGAGGCUCAGGUUGCCCAGCAGCUUCAGCAGCUUGCUGCUACCAAACCCCUGACGGGGACGCCCUCCUCGAAUCCUGGUGGUGCCGAUACCCCUCCCACCGGCAUCCUUGCCCAGCGCAUCAUCCAAAAUGCCUUCAACUUCCUCGCUAGCUUCAGCGGUACUGCUGGUCCCGGUGGCAUAGAGGUCGUUCCGCUCAAGGCCUUCGAGGACUGGUGGAGGAAGUUCGAGUCGAAAGUCCGCAAUGAUCCUAGCUUUCUGGAGAAGCAGAGUGACUGA